AUGGCGCGCCGCCUACUCCUACUCCCACCACGCAGUUUAACCGUACUGCUCUGUUCUGCCUUGCUCGUUCUCGGACCUGGAGGUGGAGGGAAUGGAGUGUUGCUUCCACAUCGGUUUUGCCUUGCUCGUUCUGCUCUGUUCGUACUCUGCCUCUGCUUCCGCUCCCAGCUGAACCGUACUGUAGGCUCGGCGUCCUCGUCGGCUUCCCUAAUAGCGGACGCGUAUUUCCGUCGGGACAUCAUGGUACUUUUUCCCUUGCAUUUGCAGCCAUCGUUCCCUGCUGCUAUGUGCCAAUUAUACAGAGGUAUUUACGUCGGCGGAAGCAAGGUGGUGCAUUUCACAACGAAGAAAGAAGCGGGAACGGGGGGCCUUGACUCCGCCGUGGCUAUCUCGAGCCUCUUAUCGGCCGGCUCACCGGAGUGCCCCACGUUCCCGGACUGCGGCUUCCAGCUCCCCGACAGCGGUGUCAUCCUCACCUGCCUCGACUGCUUCCUCCGCGACGGCGCCCUCCACGGCUUCGAGUACGGCGUCCCUCCCGCCGUGUUCCUCGCCAAGCUCCGGGGCGGCACCUGCACCACCGCCGCGUCCGACCCGGCGGAUGCCGUGGUGCACCGGGCGAUGUACCUGCUCCAGAACGGGUUCGGCAGCUACGACGUGUUCGAGAACAACUGCGAGGACUUCGCGCUCUACUGCAAGACCGGGCUCCUGCUGCCGCCCGAGAAGGGCAUCGGGAGGAGCGGCCAGGCGGCCUCCGCCGUCGGCGUGCCGCUGGCGGCGCUCUUCUCGACUCCGUUCAGGCUCAUGUCGGCCGGCCCGCUGGGCAUGGCCGCCGUCACGGCGGGGAUGUACUGCGCCGGCAGGUACAUCACCGACAUUGGGGUGAGGAAGGACGUGGUGAAGGUGGAGGUGGAGAACCUGUCGGCGCAUCUGGGCUGGCGCCGGGCCAAAGCCGAAGAAGAAUGGGUGAAGAAGAAACAGCAGCCCGCUAAGGUGUCGACGAGGUUGCUGCCGCUGAAGAGGAAACGUGACAGUGAUUUGCAUUUACAAUCCGUGAAGUGA